GGCGACCCCCGGGCUGACGUUGGGUUCGGUUCGCGUCAGUUGGGAGGAGAGAGAGAUAGAGAAAGGCCCCGGGGAUAGAGAGAGAGAGAGAGGGAGUGAGAGAGAGAGAGAGAGGCCUGGACUAUGGGCCCGGGUUACGGGCUGCUGUGCGGCUGCCUGCGGGCGGCGGCUGGGCGGGGAGCGGGGCUGUGGAGGCCGUAUUUCAGACCAAACAUUGGCAGAAAUUUUGCACGUCGAGAAAAUAUAAUCACUUUUAGGCUAUGUUCAAAACAACCAAAAGGAUUUGAAAAAUAUUUCUCAAAAAAUAAACAAGCAACAGAACCAAAAGCCAACGAUACUAAAGCAGCUGACCUAAAGUCCAAGGCGUCCGGAGGAAGCAGUGGAGGUGGAGGUGGGGCAGGAGGCAACAGGAAGAGAGGUGGGAAGAAAGACCAAUUCACCUGGUGGAGCCGCAUUCAGAAGGGAGACUUUCCAUGGGAGGAUAAGGAAUUUCGAUACUUGGUUAUAGGAAUUGCUGGAUCUCUCUCUGGAUUUCUAUAUUUGUACACCAGGAAUCCAGGCAGGGAGAUCACCUGGAAAGAUUUCGUCAAUCAUUACCUGGCUCGAGGAAUGGUAGAUCGUCUAGAAGUUAUCAACAAACAAUUUGUCCGUGUAAUUUUCAUCCCAGGGACUGUGACCGCCGAUGGGAGCUAUGUGUGGUUUAAUAUUGGCAGUGUGGAUACCUUUGAGCGCAAUUUGGAAAAUGCUCAGCUGGAGUUAGAAAUAGAAUCAGCUAAUCGUGCAGCAGUGGUGUACAAUACCGAGAGUGAUGGUUCAUUCAUGAUAAGCAUGGUCCCAACUCUCCUGCUCAUUGGAUUCCUGCUCUACACAUUGCGACGAGGGUCAAUGGCAGCCGGCCGUGGGGGGCGGAGCGGGGGACUGUUCAGUGUGAGCGAAACCACAGCAAAAAUACUGAAAGACGAAAUUGAUGUAAAAUUUAAGGAUGUGGCGGGAUGUGAAGAAGCUAAGUUAGAGAUUAUGGAGUUCGUCAACUUUCUGAAAAACCCCAAACAAUACCAGGAUUUGGGAGCCAAGAUUCCAAAGGGUGCUGUCCUAACUGGACCUCCAGGUACUGGAAAAACCUUGUUGGCUAAAGCGACAGCUGGGGAAGCUAAUGUUCCUUUUAUAACUGUGAAUGGUUCUGAGUUCUUAGAGAUGUUUGUCGGUGUUGGACCUGCCAGGGUGAGGGAUAUGUUUGCGAUGGCACGGAAGAAUGCCCCCUGCAUUCUUUUUAUAGAUGAGAUCGAUGCUGUUGGAAGGAAACGGGGCAAGGGGAACUUUGGUGGCCAGAACGAACAGGAAAAUACUCUAAAUCAGCUGCUAGUAGAGAUGGAUGGGUUCAAUACAAGUACCAAUGUUGUAAUUCUGGCUGGAACAAAUCGGCCUGACAUUCUGGAUCCUGCUCUGAUGAGGCCGGGCCGAUUUGAUAGACAGAUUUAUAUUGGUCCUCCUGAUAUCAAAGGACGGGCAUCCAUUUUUAAGGUCCACUUGAGUCCAUUGAAAAUGAACACAAGUAUCAAAAAGGAAGAUUUGGCGCGUAAACUGGCUGCACUCACUCCCGGAUUCACUGGUGCCGAUAUCGCUAACGUGUGUAAUGAAGCCGCUCUUAUUGCUGCUCGACAUUUAAACGAUUCAAUCCAUGCAAACCACUUUGAGCAGGCGAUUGAGCGUGUGAUUGGAGGGCUGGAGAAGAAAACACAGGUGCUACAACCAGAGGAAAAAAAGACUGUUGCGUAUCAUGAGGCUGGACAUGCAGUUGUCGGCUGGUUCCUGGAACACGCUGAUCCGUUACUUAAGGUGUCCAUUAUACCCCGUGGAAAGGGCCUUGGGUAUGCUCAGUAUUUGCCUAAAGAGCAGUAUCUCUACACAAAGGAGCAGCUGUUUGAUCGUAUGUGCAUGAUGCUUGGUGGCCGAGUAUCUGAGAAGAUAUUCUUUGGUCGCAUCACCACAGGUGCACAGGACGAUCUGAAAAAAAUCACGCAGAGUGCUUAUGCUCAGAUUGUUCAGUUCGGCAUGAGCGAUAAACUUGGGCAAGUUUCCUUUGACCUUCCACGCCAGGGUGAUAUGCUCAUUGAGAAGCCUUACAGUGAACAAACCGCACAGAUUAUUGACGAAGAGGUUCGGGCUCUUAUCGGUGCUGCAAAUCAGAGAACAUUGGAAUUGCUAACAGAGAAACGAGUGGAAGUUGAGAAAGUGGCAAAACGAUUGUUGGACAAAGAAGUACUCGAUAAAAGCGACAUGGUUGACCUUUUGGGGGCACGACCUUUUUCAGAGAAAUCCACGUACGAGGAGUUUGUAGAAGGAACCGGCAGUUUUGAAGAAGACACGUCCUUGCCAGAAGGACUGAAGGACUGGAAUCGUGAGAGGGAGCCAAGCAUUGAGGAACUGCCAGAGAAACAGCCCACUUGAAAUAAAUCUGUGCAACUCUCUACUAAUUGUAGAACUUGGUAACAUCCAAAUUGAAACAUUUGCUUUUCUCGUAUAAGGUGAGAUGGCUGAGAACACUAGAGAAUGGAUGAAUUUUCACUUGUCCUAAAAAGAGAUUGAUUGCUAUUUGUUGAUGGAGCAUGACUUGAGUGAGUCAUGCAGUUCAGUGUUGCCUUGUACCAAGCAGAAUUGUAAUUGGUGACUGAGCCCAUCAAUUCCCCGGAACAAAACUGAAGCUGCUAAAUAAACCUUUUCACUUCAUUUCUCUCCUCAAUCUUCUUGGGAGCAUUGGAGAAUAAGUGACGGUGAACUCAAAUGAGAAUUUUAAAUGUUUCAUUUAAUAAAUAGACCACAUUCCAAUGGUUGUAAACUGGCAAUUGCAAGAGAGAAUUUGUUUUAUUCGUGUGAGAAUUUUGACUGCACACAUUUCUGAGUCUAUAGGUCAUUGUCAUUUAUGUAAAUUCUUAUUGAAGUUCUGAAACAUUUGUGCCUUUGUUCAGCUUUCCUCUUAUGUGUGCUGUGCAAAUAUAAAUUCACAAGCAUCAAACACAUUUCAAUAAAGAUGUUUUCCAUGCACAGUAGGUCAAUCAGAAUUAGAGAGAGAGGGAGAGAAGGAAGGUUUAUAUAGGUGUGACACAAUUUGUUUUGUGGUCUGGUCCUGCUUGCCCUCAAAGGGGAUUCUCAGCCUAGUUUGUAUAGUUCUGAUGAAGGCUCAGUGUUUGAAGGUAUCAAACCCAUCUUCCUCUUUCAGAUACCAGUUUUCAGCUUUUCUAUCUGGUUUCUUUAACUGAAGUUGGGUACGGCCUUGUUGUGCUCACACAAUUAUGUAAGUAUGACAGUAUUUUUCUGCUGUUGUGAUAAGUCGUUGCACUGUACUUCUCUUUCACUCCACAAAGAGACCCUAAUGGAAUUACACCAGCCACCGAAACAUGAGAGCUGCGAGCUAGCAUCAGUUGAGCUCAAGAUAAAUAUUCAGUUUCUUAAAUUUGUAGUUUUCACAGGAAUGCAGUUGUUUGGUGUAGGAUAAAUAUAUUUAUUACUGUUCCUGUAUUUAUUUUUUGGGGAGUAAUUGUAGUAUGAAAACAGAAUGUGGUAAAACAUCUUGAAUAAGCUGAAAUGAAGAGCUUUAUCCCACCAUUUCUUUCAGUAUUUAUUCAACAUAUUGAUGCCACAGAGUAUUUCCAUCUUUAAAAUAUCUUUGUGACUCCUGGUGAUUCAGGAUCAAAUGAACAUUACUUCCAGAAUGUGAAGUGACUUGGCUAAACAUAUCCCUUCACUUUCAUGACCAACUGUAGUAUAAUUAAACAAUGGCCUUCAUUUCUCAGCAGUGUACAGGGACAGCUGCUGUGUUGUCUAAAAGCCUGUAUCCCGCAGGGUGUAAUUAAAACACGGGAAUAUUUUUUGGUGAUUGAAGACAUUCCUGGCACAAAAAUGAUCAUUGCUAUUCUGCUGUAUUUCAUGGUGUUUGAUUUCACUCUUGAAAUUCAUCUUGAGACGAUGGUGUCUCCAAUUAAAUGUUUGUACCCAAAUUAUUCAAAUGUGGCUAAUUACAAUGUCCUUCAGCUGCAGGGCAGCCUUUGUAUACUGUUUGUGUUGUGAAUUACCAAUGAUCGAUACAUGGAUUACAAUUUCCCUUCGUUUUUUGAUGGGGCCGAUCCAAUCUGACAAAUAUAUUUUGCCUUUCCAUGUGACAAUAGAUUAUUGUAUAAUAGACAUUUGUAAGAAACUCUCCAAGACUGUAUUUAGUUAAACAGUACAGACUUUUAUUUUAGCUUUGUGCCUUAUUAAACUUCCAUCCAGUUCCCUUGUUCCCUGCAGAAUAUCAGUGGAAAAUAGAUAACCAUCCAAAAUGACAGAAGCUGAUUUUGAGUAUUUAUUAAAUGAUUUUAUUUAUCUGUUGUGCUUUUGAUGAAACAUUGAUGAUUUUAUAACGGAAAAUCAGCAACUAGGCUGAGAGGAUAAUUUUCUAGAUAAAGAACAGCAUUACUCUAAUAGUCUUUAAGCUUAAUGUACUGCGGUUUUGUGUGGGGAAAGAAUCUAUGUAAGAAAUGUUUGUCUAAAAAUGAUUCAGCCUGUCAAUGAGGAGAUAUCCUUAAUGAUUAAAGAAUUGAAAUAUUGGUAAAA